AUGGAAAACUAAUUGCCAAUAAGAAAGAAGACUUAUAAUAAUGAAUCCUAGUAAGAUGAUAAGAACAAACAUGCAAACUAAAAGAACUAAACAGAUAAGCUAUUAGCAAGCUUAUAAAAAAUUACCUUGCUGGAUAUUUUGGAUGAAUUUGCCAAAGAAUCAGAAAAUAAGAGUAUUACUGAAAUUUUAAAAUCUAUACUUAAUAAUGUAGAGACUAAACAUAAAGAAACUGAAAUUAGAUUAGGAUGGGAUGCUGGAAAGUAGGAUAAACCAAAUAAUAAUUAUAACUAAAAAUUUGAGUCAAAUAAUUUCUAAAAUAAUAAAUUCAAAAAAAGAAACACAGAAGGGGGUUGGAAUGAUUAUCAAAAAACUGAUUAAGGAAAUAAAGAAAAUGGAAGAGGAAGUUUUGAUAGAAAUGGAGGGAAUGAUAGAAAUAAGCAUUGGGAUAAUAAAGAUGGCAGAAAAGGUAACUUUUAAAGAGGAGAUAAUUGGAAGAAUAAUUAAGAUGGUAAGAGGAAUGGAGGAAGUAUUUCUAAUGUAGAUUGGAAUAAUAAAUAAGGCAAUGGUGAUUGGAAGUAGAGUGGAAAUAAGAAUGAUUGGAAGAAUGGUAAUAUUAAUAAUAAUGAAUGGAAAACAAAUAGAAAUAAUAAUGAAUGGAAAACAGGUGGACAUAAUCAUGAUUGGAAAUAGAGUUAAAAUAAUAAUGAUUGGAAGACAGGAGGACAUAAUAAUGAUUGGAAAUAGAGUUAAAAUAAUAAUGAUUGGAAAUAGAGUUAAAAUAAUAAUGAGUGGAAAACAGGUGGGAAUAGUAAUAAUGAUUGGAAAACAAGUGGAAAUAAUAAUAAUGAUUGGAAAACAAGUGGAAAUAAUAAUGAUUGGAAAUCAAGUAGUAAUAAUAAUGACUGGAAAAUUAGUGGAGGAAAUAAUAAUGAAUGGAAAUCAAGUGGUUUAAGUAAUGAAUGGAAAGUUGAAGCAACAACUGAAUAAGUUCAACCAGUUUCUUGGGGUUCACCUAAGUGA